AUGCAUUUAUUUACCAAAGACCCCGGGAAUGAUCCUGUGACAAUAGCUUUUAAGUUGAAGCGAUUCGUACUUGCCCAUUGGAAAGGAAUCAUCUGUGUUGUGGUUGUCCUUGUGUGCUUGGCUAUAGUUAUGCCUUGGCCUGGCGAAAAAUGGUCAUGGUGUUUGUACUGUCUAGUUAUAAUGGCAGUCUUCUGGGUUACGGAAUGCGUACCACUAGCUGUAACCUCUUUUGUUCCUGUUUUCGUAUUUCCUUUGCGUGAAAUUAUGACAACACAAGAAGUCGCUGAAUGCUAUAUAAAUGACACAAUGUUCGUGUUUUUAGGAAGCUUGAUUAUGGCAGCGGCUGUCGAACAGUCGGGACUGCACAUGCGAAUAUCUCUUUAUGCGAUUAAGAUAAUCGGGUAUUCACAUUACAAAUUGCUAUUCGCCAUGUGUAUGGUAACUAUGUUCGUGUCUAUGUGGUUGGUUAAUACCGCUGCUACGACGAUGAUGGUGCCCAUUAUUUUUGCAUUGCUCAGAGUAUUCGAAGAUCAAAAGUUACUAACAGUAUAUGAAAAAAAUAAGGACGGUGAACAAAUAGCUUCUGAUAUGACAACCUGCUACUUCUGUGCCGCAACGUUUUCAGCCACCAUAGGUGGUAUUGGUACCCUUGUAGGCACGGGCACUAAUUUGGUUUUUAAAGGACUGUUUGAAAGACAGUUUCCAAAAGCAGACGAGUUCUUGACUUUUCCAAAGUUUUCAGCUUUCUCAGUUCCAUAUAUGAUUAUUAUGGAGCUACUUAUUUAUUUUUGGUUGAUCGUUAGAUACCUGGGAUUUUUGAGGCCGAGAAGUAAGAAAGCGAAGGCGGCAAAAAUAUCAAAAGCAGGAUUAGACGCAGCAAAGAAAACAGUAGCGAAAAAUAUUAAAGACUUGGGCCGUUUGAGUUUUUGGGAAAUAAUGGUGCUUAUUUUGUUUGGACUCGGCAUAGCAUUGUUCUUCUCACGGUCUCCAGAAAUAUUUAGUGGGUGGGCAGAUAAGGUUUUAGAGUUCCUAGAAAUUAAAGAAAAAAGAUACAUAAGGGACUCCGUCGUGGCAAUGGGUAUUUGUUUUAUGAUGUUGUUUUUACCUUCAAAAUUAUUUAUAUUUAAGAACUGCACAGCCAAAUUCCACGAUGAUCUGCCAAAAAGACGAGUGCCCUCAGUCCUGGAUUGGGUUACAUUAAAUCGAACUCUACCUUGGAGUUUCAUGUACCUUUUGGGUGGAGGCUUUGCACUUUCUACAGCUGCAAAGAAAGACUAUACAGGUUUAAAUGAAAAAAUUGGUGACUUUCUGUCAGGCCUGAAGGACGCUCCUAACGUCGUAGUUGUACUUAUUGUGAUAAUAUUUACCGUGUUUCUAACCAAUUUCGCUUCCAACGUUGCUGUAGCUAAUGUUGUCGUGCCAAUAGGAAUGACUCUGGCUAAAAUGAUUAACAAGAAUCCUUUGCUUUAUAACAUCGCCGCUGGGUUCUCGGCUUCGUAUUGUUUCUGUUUGCCAGUGGGCACACCAGGGAAUUUGGUAGUCCAAAGCGCAGCCAAAAUUCCCACCAUGAAAAUGAUACAGGCAGGAUUGGGGCCUACAGUUAUCUCUAUUCUCGCGACGUGGGUCGCCGUGCUUUUAUAUGCUCCUAUUAUUUGGCCAGUUAUAAAUGCAUCUCCACUUCCUGAAUGGGCUACUACAUAA